AUGUUUAAACGAAUCAGUAAAGCUUUUCGAAAAUUAUUCCGACGGAACAACAAGGAAUCCAGUUGCAAGAUUGUACCUACUCCUCUACACCUUCUUCCGGUGAAUUAUGGGAUUGAAACCCAGAAGAAAGAGGAGAUCAAAGAACCACUGGAUGAAAGACUGGAGAGAAUAGCCCAGAAUACUCCAGUAACAACAGAAAGUUCAGUUGGCACUACUGAGGAAUCUUCUAGUGAAUCUGGAAGCAGCUUAGAAAGUGCCACUCAGAAUGUUCCAAAGCAAGAGAGAUUCAUACUGGUGCAAGAAGCCAGGAAAUCUCAAACUGUGUCACUUGAUACCUGUAUUGCUACAGAAAGAACAGAACCUAGAGUUAAACAUGUCAAAUUCAUAUUUGUGAAAGAAGCCAAGAAAUCUGAAGAAAAAAAAGAGAGUUCUGACAGUGAAACUGAUGAUCUUGAAAAUUCCACAGAACCUAGAGUCAAACAGGUCAAAUUCACAUCUGUGGAAGAAGCCGAGAAAUCUGAAGAAAAGAAAGAGAGUUCUGACAGUGAAACUGAAAGUGAUGAUCUUGAAAAUUCCACACCUUCCAUACAAAACUCUCCUGUCUGCCAGGAGCUGGCAAGGGCAGAACAGAUUGAAGCCGAUAUUGCAGUCCAGGAUGAUACAAAUUCACAUAUUGAGAAGAUCUCUUGGACAUCAGUCAAGGACUUUCGAUUCUGUAAAUUCCUUGGCAAAGGUAGCUUUGGGAAGGUUUAUCUGGCAGAACAUAAAAAAACACAAAAUAUGGUCGCCAUCAAAGCUAUGAAUAAGGCAGAUAUUCAUAAGAAUCAGAUGCUCAAAAGCCUAUUGCUAGAGAAGAACAUCAUGAAAUUUGUGCAGAUUCAGAGAACCCCUUUUGUCAUGGGGUUGAUCUCUGCUUUCCAAAGUGAGCAUCGGGUCUUCUUCUCCAUGGAAUUAGCCACUGGAGGUGACUUAGAUUCAGUCAUAAAAAAGGGUGCAAUUUCGCAUUCAUCAGCUGUAUUUUAUUCAGCUUGCAUCGUUCUAGGAAUUCAGUUCUUGCAUGAGAAUGGUAUUGUCCACCGGGAUUUGAAACCUGCAAAUGUCCUAAUAGAUAAAGACGGCUAUGCUAAAAUUUCAGAUUUUGGUCUAAGCAUAGCAGGAAUUGGCUACGGUUGCACUAUGAACCAACCAGUAGGAACUCCGCUCUAUAAAGCUCCUGAAGUAUAUGAAGCCAGACCCUAUACUAGAUCCGUGGACUGGUGGGCUUUAGGAGCAAUGAUCUAUGAAAUGGUUGUUGGGCAUCCUCCAUUUUUAGCAAAUACUUUGAAGGAUCUGGCAUUAAUGGUGACAGAAGCACCAGUGAUGUAUCCGAAGGCAAUCCCAAGACAAACCAGAAACAUCAUAGAAGGACUGUUGAUGAAAAAUGGUAGUUGCCGUCUGGGAUCGAGUGCAAAUGGUGCUGAAGAUGUGGCGGCCCAUCCUUUCUUCUCGACAAUAGACUGGAAUGCACUGAAGAAGAAACUUGUGAGGCCCCCAUUUAUUCCUAAGCCAUGUGGGAAAUGUACUGCAGAGGAACAAAUAUCUAUUCAAACACCACCCCAUCUUAAAAUGCACUUAUCGAGAGGUGUCCAAGAAGCAUUUGAUGAAUUUUGUGAGUCAGCAGAAGGCAAAAGUUCAGCCAAAGAAGCUGCUGUAGAAUUUAACGAGACAGACGACAGCUCAAGUCUAGAUAGCGAGUCGUGUGAAGAACUGCGUGACUUAGCAGAAGCCUCAAAUUCAGCCCAAGAGCCAGUUGAAGAAGUGAGUUCCCUCUGCUGCUGCUGCCGGCCCGCCUUCCUCUGAUCGGAGGAUCUGGCAUUAAUGGUGACCGAAGCACCAGUGAUGAAUACGAAGGCAAUCCCAAGACAAACAAGAAACAUCAUAGAAGGACUGUUGAUGAAAAAUGGUAGUUGCCGUCUGGGAUCGAGUGCAAAUGGUGCUGAAGAUGUGGCGGCCCAUCCUUUCUUCUCGACAAUAGACUGGAAUGCACUGAAGAAGAAACAUGUGAGGCCCCCAUUUAUUCCUAAGCCAUGUGGGAAAUUUACUGCAGAGGAACAAAUAUCUAUUCAAACACCACCCCAUCUUAUAAUGCACUUAUCGAGAGGUGUCCAAGAAGCAUUUGAUGAAUUUUGUGAGUCAGCAGAAGGCAAAAGUUCAGCCAAAGAAGCUGAAGUCUAGAUAGUGAGUCGUGUGAAGAACUGCGUGACUUAGCAGAAGACUCAAAUUCAGCCCAAGAGCCCGAUGAAGAAGUGAAUGGCAGGGAAACGUCGUAUGGGACACACCACUUCCUAUUUUCUUCUAUUCAAAUGUAUAUUUUUUAUAUGAAACUAUGUACAGACAAUAUAUUUAAAUUGUACUAGAAUAAAGUUAUAUGAAUU